GCUGUGUCUUUUUAAAGUUAAUGUUUAUCUAGGGCACAAAUCUGCUUACAGACUCACAUUCUCUCUCUCUCUAUCAAACUCGCCCACUUUCUCGCAUCUUCAAUAAUGUGAUAUUCUUUCUUUCUUCCAAUUCAACAAAUUAGGCGUGAAUCUAAGGCUCAUAUACAAUGGGAACAUAGAUAUCCAUAUUUUUUUCUUCUAAUUUUGCUGGUUCAUAGCUAUUCCUAGGUUGUUUGAACAUGCCAUCAAAUGGGUGUUUCUUCAAAUGAGUCUUUUGGAUUUUGUAGUGCAAGUGAAAGACGGAUUUGCACCUUGAAGUUCUUUGUUAGCUAUCUCGAUGUUUGCUUUCGGACGCUUCUUACUAUUUCUCCCACGGGGUUAGAACCUUCAAGAGAAUGCUCUGAGUGUAUAACUAAUUCUUUCAAGCAUGAAAUUAAUUCUAAUGGAAUCAACUGGAAAAGCGUCUCGGAUGAGACAAAAAGAUUUUAUUUUGGAGAAUUCAAGAUAUUUUGAUGAGGCUGCUGUACAGAAGGUCUUCUUGAAGUCCCUUGAUAACUAUAUCAAGUGGCGCAACUAUAUGAACAUCCCACCUGUGUGGAGCAAUUUGGAUGUAGUUAGCAAGGAGAAGAAGUUGUUAUUCAUUUCUUUGUAUUUCUUAAUCUGGGGUGAAGCUGCUAACAUUCGGUUCAUU